AUGUCUCAGCUGGGCCUAAGUACCAAAGAGCAUCUCUUGCGCGUGCGUACAACAUUCGAUCUGCUCAAAAGGGAACCCUAUUGUAGCCCAGUCCACAUAUAUCUGGCGACCCAAUAUGCUCGCUUGGGGUAUCCUGAUCUCGCGGCUGGGUCUGCCUACAAGGCCCUCCUCCUGAAAGAUGCAAUUGACGAGCCGUCCGAAGAAUAUCAUGAUCAGGCCAAUGAGGCAAUGCAAUCUAUCGUGGAGUCGCAGCCGGACGAGGAGCGGAAACGAUUGCAGGACUGGCAGGCCAAUUCAGAGUCGCGGGACGAGGAUGGUCUUCGUGAGCAGGUCGCCGACAUGAGUGAAGUUCAGCUGUGGAUGUACAUGCACUAUGCCCCAAUAAUGUAUGCCAUAUUGACCGAGAGCCUGAUACUGUGCGGCUGCCUGCGCACGGCGGAUACCUACAUUAAGCAAGCUCGACGGUCCUAUCCAGAUCGGGUCGACUUCCGCGACAUACAAGAAAGAUUGCUGACGACGGCGGAGCAGAGGAUGUCUUUGCCGCGCGAAGAGAUCCUGAACGUCACUGCAGAGUGGCCUGAUCGCGGGUUUGUCCGACGGGAGCAAUAUCCUUGGAACGAGUAUGAGCCUAGUCGACUACAGGACGUGGACACUCUGAACGUUUGGAUGCAAGCAGUGUCUAGCGUCCUCGAGGUCCGUGUGGUGGAGCUGCCUGUCCUCUCUGGAGGUAAGGCCACAUCAAUAUUCCAGCUCGGCGUGUUUGCCAAAGAGGACCUUGCACCAGGCCAAGUUGUGCUGCAGGAGAAAUCUCUUCUGACUGCGAACAACAAGCUCCAAGACACGCUCUGCGAUGCAUGUAGCUCUGAUCUGCCCGAACUUGGGAGCGAAGCCGCCGAAGCCGUGGUAGCUUGUCCGGACUGCGAAGUCAUCUUCUGUAGUCAGUGGUGUUUUGACAAUGCCUUGGAGCUCUAUCAUUCAGCUCUCUGCGACAAAGACGUCGAAGCCAUCGCCAAGGACGUCCCGCCCGCAGAAGCUGCCGACUCGCUUUACUCGCUCCUGCUGCUGCGCGUUCUGGCCAUGGCAGAGACACAAGAGUGCCAUCCAUUGAGCCUACGCGAGGUCCGAUAUAUCUGGGGCGACUUCACGAACAUCUCGAUUGGACCCGACCUGCAGCAGACACUCACCAAUUCCGACAGCGAAGGGAACGCAAGUGUGUCCCGCCCGAAGACGCUUCCGUUCAGCUUUGAGCACAACAUCCGCCUGCCCUUCCACAUGCUUGAGAAGAUGGACGUGGACAUCUUUCAACAGGUCACGUAUGAUGUGUGGACAUUCAAUACGCUAUACGCGAAGUUCCGCGGCACCGCCUCGGCGCGGCUCUCUGGCACGGGCGGACGGGCAAUCCGAGGACCAGAGGUAAGUGCAGUGCAUCCCAUGUGGUGCUUGGCCAAUCACAGCUGCGAGCCAAAUGUGACAUGGGACUGGGGCGGCGAGGUCAAAUUUUCAACUCGUGACGUACCCAUUCGCAGCCGUCGUUCAGACGGCGAGGAGCGAAUCUCGACUUUGGGCGUCAAGAAGGGGGAAGAGAUUCUCAACCACUACUGCGACAUUGACCUGCCGGUCCGCGAGAGAAGAGAGUGGGCAUCAGGUGCUCUCGGAGGUGAUUGUCAGUGCGCGAGAUGUGUAUGGGAGACAGCAUCAGAAACGCCUUCUCGCUCGUGA